UGUUUUCGUCUGCUUUUUAGUAAUAGUAGAUCGUUAACUUCUUUUGCUUCUCUAUUUUGCAUUUUUGAUGCGCAUAAGGAGUUCUAUAUUGACUACAAAACCGGACUUAAAUGUUCAGCUGGGUGCUUGUGUGUUAGAGUUAACUACUGUUAUUUAAAAAAGAAGCUGUUAACAAUAAAAUCUGGAAAAGAAACUUUCAUAGUCAUAUCUGCCAACAUUUGCAUCUGUUCAAACUAGUUUUUCACUUCAGUUCAACUCCAAUUAGGCAGAAAGACAGAUUGGUAUGGCUGGGACUGAAGAUUAUUCAUUCUAUUACAGUUUAGAAAACUCUCCCUUUUGGAUAAAGAAGGCUGAUUCUACUGCUUCUACUGAAAUAGAUGGAAGGAUACAACACUGGGAAAGCAAACUAAUUGCUUCACCAAAAUCCCAAAAUGAUAUGAUAGACUUCAAUAGAAUUCCAAACCCCAGUUUUGGCAUAAUGAGGAUUGCUGCGGAAAAUUUGCUGUGCCAUCCAUUUUUAGUGUUGCGUAGACAGUGCCAGGUUAACGUGUUUUCUAGAAAAUACCAUGCACUACCUUUCAGUCUUGUUCCGGUUGUCAUUAGACUGCAUCAACGACAGAGCAUGACAGUCUUAUGGAAAGGAAUUGGCAGUGCAUUAAUUGUAAAAGGGCUGACCUUAGCUGUUGAAGAUGUCCUCAGCAAAAUAACACCAUGGCCAAAAGAAAUAGAUCGUCACAGCUCACUUAAAGCAAUUGGGCAUCAUAUUCUUCUAAAAAGUGUUAGUCUAGCAGUGGUGAUCCCUUUUUAUGCAGCAAGCGUCGUUGAAACUGUACAGUCUGAUAUUGCCAGUGAAAAACCGGGUAUCUUCGACGUUUUUCAAGAAGGAAUCUAUCGCUUUCUAAGUUGGUCUGCGCCUCAAACAGGUCGUCUUUUGCCUAUUUGGAUAAUUCUGUGUCCUGCCGUUUUGUGUGGAACGGUUCAUUAUAUCAUUUCGGUCCUUUCUGCUGGAUUGACGCGCUGGGGAAUGACUUCAGCUAAAAAACGAAAUCAACGUAAACAGGGUGCUCUUUCUAAAGAAGUGAGUUUUGUGGAGGCAAACGACCUUGAUAUGUCUUCCAAAUUUGCUGGUUCUUUGGUAGCUGACGUUCUUCUGUUUCCAUUUGAGACGGUCCUCCAUAGGCUGCACAUUCAAGGGACGCGUACGAUCAUUGAUAAUUUGGACACUGGUGCGUCUGUCAUACCAAUUCUAACGCGUUACGAUGGCUUCUUUGACUGCUGGAAUACAAUCACUCGCGAAGAAGGCGGCUGGGGUUUGUAUAAAGGCUUUGGAGCCUUGCUUCUGCAAUACGCUCUCCAGCUUAGCAUUAUCAAAGGCUCAUUGUUCACCUUUUACCACAUGGGAGAUUUAUUUAAAUCCACCGGCGUCCAGCCUACGUCACCGAGGAAUCAAGCCACCUUAGUAGAUCGCAAAGACAGAAGUCCUAAGGCUUCAUCUGCAUCUCUGGGAGGUACCCAACUGCAACAGCAGUUUAAUUAGCAACAACUAAGCUAGUCUAAUCAACUAAAAUAUUGUAAAUAUUUACAAUCAUCGUGCAGUAGAUAGGCAAAGUCUAUUUAGUUUGUUAGAAUGGGGAAUGUUGAAUUAAAUGCUGUACUUGAGAUCAGAA